GUCGGACCGGGUGGGAGUGGCAGGACGUCCAGCAGGAGUUUGUGUUUCGGAGCCGAUUGCGAACCGGCGGGAGCGCAUGUUUUAGGGCGUCGCGAUCGCUCGCUGGCUUCGGCUCUUUCGGGCAGUUUUCCCGCGAUGUUUCCCACGACAGCACGACGAUAAUUCCGGCGUUGGAGGAGGAUCGAAAAAAGAUCGCGAUUCGAUCGCGAUAGAGCUGGAUCGAGACGAGUCCAAGUACAGCACGUUUCGUUGGUCGAAUGAUGUGAUUGAAGUGGUGGAUUAAUUGUGUGAUUAUCUGGUGCAAUUUAGCCAAAAUGUGCUGUUUUCUACAGGGUGUUGGAGGAUUUCUUCUGCUGGUGUUCGUGUUUGGUGGGAUUUCAGAUACGUCCGCGGAGAGGUCGGAAAGGCGGCAGGAAAAGCACCAGGAAAAGCGACCCGUAUCCGUGGUCAUCCCGACGGCUGUGAAACGCCUCGACACCGUCACGCUCCAGUGCAACUACAACUUAUCCGGCGAGCCCAUUUACACGGUCAAGUGGUACAAGGGCCCCAAGGAGUUCUACAGAUACAUUCCCAAAGAGCUGCCCAACGUCCAAGUGUUUGCCCUGCCCGGAAUUACCGUCGAUGAGUUGAAGAGUACUCACAAAAAUCUGGUACUCAAGAACGUCCAACCUGAAGUAACGGGAAGAUAUAAAUGUGAAGUGUCUUCGGAUGCUCCGAAUUUUUACACCUACAUGCAAUCCGGGUACAUGUAUGUAAUUGACGUGCCAGUGGAGGAUCCGAUCCUGCGGACUGACAAAGAAAUUUUAGAUACUGGUUACAGGUUGAAAGGAAAUUGUUCGGCUCCGGCGUCUUGGCCUCCGGCGAACAUCACGUGGCUGCUCAACGGAAAACCGAUAAAUUACACGUACCAGGAGCGCGUCCAGCCGCGCGAUUACAACAUGAAAGCCUCCGCGACGUCGAACAAAAGGAUUCCGCUGGUGACCGUUUCCGGCGUGGAAGUGGCCAUCGAUGAAAGCCAUUUCCACGGCGGGAAGGCGCGAAUUUCCUGCGUGGCCAGCGUUUUUCAUCUGUACAGGCGCGAGAAGAGCGUCGUGCUCGACGAGGACAGGCCGAGGCCGAGGCCCUCUUCGGUGUUGGGCAACAGGGACUCCAAUUCAGGAACUUCGAAAUAUUUCAGCAUCAUCUUUUACUCGAUUACGACGCAAAUACUGUUAUUUAGCCGGUAACAGAGCGGAAUUUAAACGUAAGUGUUGCUGUUGUAAAAAGUAAAGCGCUCGGAAGUCGAGAAGUUUUGAAUGAGAAUCAAAGUUGUGAUACAAGGACAGGCGUUUUUUUGUAUAUAAAAAUACUAAUUAUUCAUAGAUUAUUCGCUAAUGAGAAAUAAAUACCUGCGCGAAGUCAAGGAAGCUAUCAGAAAUAUUUGGCUGUACAUAUAAAUACUUUUAGUGGAUCUAUCUUUAAGAUAAAUUUAUAAAUUGUUUAAAUAAAUGGUAAGAUAAAUCAAAUGCUCGAGUACUGAAUGAAUUCCAAUAAAAAUCAAAUAAUCGAGAGUGCUAUGUUAAAAAUGUCGUUUUCUACAUUAUAGAUACCAGUAUUGAAUUAUUUAUUGUAUGUGAAUGUAUGAGUUAUUAUACAGGAUGUUCUCGCAUUUAUUUCUAAUUGCUCUAUUUUGUUUAUUAUAAAAU